AUGGACCCCGAGGUCAGCUACUCGCUACCUUCGCCGACAGAUACUCCAUAUCGAACACCGUCCAGUUCUCAAUCCCUCCGUUCCCGCCGGUACGAAGACAUGUCGCCCUCAUCUACGCCUCCCCCCAUGCCCGAGGAUCGAGCCAGCAAGAGACGAAGCAAUGAUUCCAUUCACUCCAACCCUGCCCUGGAUGAGAACAUUUCUCCUCUCGACCCUCGACGAUUUACGCCCACGCUGCAUGCCUCGUUGGUCUCGGAAAUCCUGUCGUUACGGCGAGACCUGGAGAGUCGCACUAAUGACAUUGAAAAGUUGGAAAUCAGCCUCCAUGCCGCGCAGACACAGAACGAGGCCCUCAAUAACAACCUCUUGCAGGCCAACAAGGAGACGAGAUCAGUCAAGCGGCAGAUGCAAAUGCUCGAAGGGGGCACUCUGUCAGCCCUCAACGACCUCGCCAAAGAACGAGAUGAUGCCUUGAGCGACGUCACCGAUUUGCGAAAGCGUCUCGAACAAACCCAGAAGAAAGCCAAAAGCCAGGAGGAAACCGCGGACAAGACCCAGGCCUUGUGGGAGAAGGACAAGGAGGCGUGGCUCACUGAAAAGCGUGGCCUCGAAACCAAGGUCCACAUUGCUGAAGGCCGCCUGAAAGUCGUGCUGAGUGAACUCGCCAAUGCUCAGCAGCAUCCGGUGCCUGCUUCACCCACCGAACGCGCACACAGCCGCAACAGUAUCAUGGACUCUCCAAGUAAAGGCUCCAUCAUUGCUCGGAGAGGGCGGAGGCACAGUGCGACGUCGGUUAACAGUGACACUCACGGGGGUCGAGUGUCAGUGUUGAGUUUCCACAAUGGCAUUUCGAUCAACUUGGCAGACGAAUUGGCCUUUGAUGAAAUGGAAGAAGACAUGCUGAAUGCACUAGACAACGACGAUGGGAGGGUCUCGCCCGACGCACUCCCCGAGGAACACGUUCGACCCGCCUCCAGCUUGUCUAUCAAAGCGAGGAGGGUCUUGGGUCUACCUGUCGACUUCGAGGACAUGGAACGUAAUGACAGUGUCGAGCAUGACCGUUCGGGAGCCAUGUCGGCCGAUGGGAACCGUCGUCGACCAAGCGUCAAAUAUGUAGACACUGCCAUUCAGUUCUCCCCACCGCCGUCUCCGUGGCCGAUGACAGAUCCACGACCCAAGGCCAAUGGCCACCGACCCUUGGAAAUUUCGAUCGCAAAUGCCAGACAAAUUAAUGUUACUCCAAGCCCCGUCAGUCCGCAAGACAGCAUUGAUAUCGCUUGGGAAAAACAACGACCGGUCAUGGUAUCUUCGGGUUGUCAGACCGUCGAGGCUCUCCCGAGUCCCCCCCUUACACCUGACAAGCGCGACACAGGGCUGGCUACCAUUCCCGAAAGUGCUUUGGAAAGAGUCGAAACCGCCACCAUUGGAACCCAGACCGAACCGACACAACCGAUCUUCGACCAAUACAGCCACAAGCAUACAGGAAGUGAUGAGACUUUAGAUCUGAAGGUUCCCCUGAUUGCCAUCAUCCCUCCCGCGUCAAGGCCUGCCACACCUGAAACUAAUGUUGUGCUACCACCCCGAACCAAGAACGCAGGUACCCAGGUCGCUACUCACUUACUGGGAGGAUACAAGUCGUCUUCUAUGCAGACGGAAGAAAUUCGAGUCGACAUAAGAGCCAUCGUCCCACCCUCCGAAAUGCCACCCGUUCCAUUGUCAAGCCAUUACAGGCCACCAAUUUCUUCCAGGGCCAUACCUCCUCCAAUCCCUCGAAGCAGAGUAUCUCCCGGUACCUCCAUGUUUGCGUCGAGGCGGUCGGCGAUGGCUGGACCGUCCAAGAUACCUCCUGUGAACGACAAUGGACCCCUCACGAGAGAUUUUGCUUCAAAUAUGCCCCGACCUGUCCGGUCAAGUAGUCUCUUCGCCGGGUUUGAGGACGAUGCCGACAACCGUGAUGACUAUAUCGAAGAAGACACCUUUGCGGAAGACGAUAUCUUUAGCCGCCCCACUGCCAAAUUUGUUCUCAAAUCUGGAAAAAUGGUCUCCCAGGACCUUCGCCUGGAAGAUGUCAACGAGAGCGCGGCUAUAUCUGCAGGCGAAGCCGCUGCUCUGGAGAAUCUCCGGCUGUCUGAAGACAGCUUACCGCCGGAAAUGAAGGCCAUCCUCUUCCAAACUCGGACGAGCCCGCGCAGAGGUUCUCAACGGCAGAAUAUGGGACUCAAAUUGAAGAGAGUCCCGUCUGCCAGAUCCAACAACAUGAGGAGAGCGGCCUUGAUAUCGAGCGGGGCCGCCGCCCACCAGUCUUCACACUCGCAAUCCACCACCGGAUCUCUGGAAAGCAACAACCCGCCGCCCUUCCCCGUUCCCUUACGGUAUAGCUCGGCCAAGGUCGGCAAGUCUAUCAGUGAAGGCGGAAGAAGUUCACCCGGCAGCAGCAACGCAUCGCCCACCAAGAGACCGAGGAACAGCAAGUAUGCGAAACCUAUGUUGCGAAAGGCGAGGUCAGGACCUGCGAUUUCACCUCACUCGCAAGCCCGAAAAUCACGCAGCCGAUCACCACCCCUAGAACCAAGGGUAUCCAUUGUGCCAGAGAUGCCCAGUUUCCAGAUGCCUACGACGACCCCGGCGCCCGUUGCUGAGCGGUACGGCAAUCCACGGGAAGCGAGUGCGCCGCGACCGUCCAUCGCGACCGGACCUAGUCGACAACGCAGCCACACGAAACAGAAUUCCGACGUCUUGUCGAUGCAGCAGACGUCGGUGGUGGACUCUAUCGCACAGACCAUGGUCGGGGAAUGGAUGUACAAAUAUGUCAGGAGACGGAAGUCUUUUGGAGUGACCGAGAAGGCGGAUUGGGAUGCCAAUAAGAGCGUUGAGGAGAUUUCUCAGAGUGUGACCAACAACGGUGUCCGUCACAAACGAUGGGUCUGGCUUGCGCCGUAUGAACGUGCCGUCAUGUGGAGCAGUAAGCAGCCGACAUCUGGGACAGCCUUGAUGGGCAAGAGUGGUCGAAAAUUGAUGAUCAAGUCCGUGCUCGACGUCAAAGACGACAACCCCAUGCCCAAGGGGGCAGUAACUGGACCGAACUUCAACAGAUCCAUUCUCAUCCUGACUCCUCAGCGUGCGUUGAAGUUCACAGCAACAUCUCAAGAGCGACAUUAUAUAUGGUUGACUGCGUUGUCAUUCUUGUCACACUCUCCUCUCAGUGUCAACGACCUUACUGCUAUCCCUCCUCCGCCGCCCCUUCCCGAACACGAAGCAUCGUCUGCGCCAGCACCAUCACUUGCGGGGUCGCUUCGCCGACGACCAAUUCGGGACUCGAUCAGAUUGACGAAGGGGCUUGCGAAGUCAACACCAGGAACGAGAUCUUUCACGACCGAUGGUUCGUUGCCAGUACAAGACUCGCGGCCCCCCACACGCGACUACUAUGAUCCGUUGACGGACCCUGCUCUACCACCCACCAUCCCCCGCCAUUCUCGAAAGCGAAGCAACACGGCACCGCGGGCGCCGCCCAGCUCUUUCAGGAGCUUCUCCACCAACGGUGUGACCCCGAGUCUACCCGGACCGGGGUCAAAUUAUUCGCAAAGCGUGCACUCCACCGCAGUGUAUUCCUCCGACCGCGGCUUAUAUACGCCCAGCCUGGGAAUGCAAAGCGUGAUCAGCAGUCGGAGAGGCAGUGAAGCAAGUGCUUCGGGAAGGCCUCCCCUUCCGACCUUUAUGGAUAACAACCAUACGACGACCAUGAGGAUGGACGCCUUCAUCGAACAUGAGCAAGGCACAUCCUCCGGCCGGCCUUCUUUUAAUUUCUUCCGAUCAGGGCCGGUCAAAAGAAAAGACAUGGGCUACUGGGGCGCCGAACAGGGAAGAGAGAGCAUCAGCCCCGUGGACUCGUUGCUCCACAGCGAGAUGAUGGCAGCAAGCUCCUCCACGCGGGGAAGCUACGAGUCGAGAGAUCCAUGGCGCGGGUUCUGA